UUGACAGAGCCUUUGGGUUGGGAAUGUGCGAGUGUGGAUAAGUGUUACAGACUUACAGUGUAGUCGCUUUUUUCUACUUGGCCUCGUUAUGUAACAAUGCAUGAACACCUGGCGACAUACACACAUACACAAAUGUCAGGAUAUGUGUUGGAGGUCGCCAAGUUGGGGCUUCGCCAUGUUUUCAGCGAGGGGAAGAGAAAUGGGUCUUCAACUUUUCGUCCCAACUCCUACAAUUCAAUUUCACAACAUGUUUGGAGCUCUACAUCCUCUGUCGGAAAACUAAAGGCCAAAGCAGCAAAGUGCCGUUGUGCUUCAUCGGUCAGAGCCGCCCAGCAAGAAGAUGAAAAAGAAGAAGAAAAAGAAGAAGAAUUUCAAGUACUGUCGGCUUUGAGAACCAAUUUCAACGAUAUUUUAAUCAUUGAAACUCCGAAUUCCAGGAUGCUGCUUCUCGACUCUACUCAAAAUGUCCAUAGCAUUCUUUACAAGGACCGGAAAUGGACUGGUUCCUAUUGGGAUGAGUUCGCUAGCUUGCCGGCUAUUGUUCCAAAAGGUCCCAUCGCAAUCUUAGGUUUGGGUGGUGGAACUAUUGCUCGUCUAAUGCUCGACUUGUGGCCUUCAUUGCAACUUGAUGGCUGGGAGAUUGAUGCAAUUUUGAUUGAUAAAGCAAGAGAAUAUCUUUGGCUGUCGGAUCUUGAGAAACGCACUGUAGCUGGUGGCAUACUCAAUGUGUGUAUUGGUGAUGCGUUUUCACAGUCAGUUAAUGUGUCUGGAGGAUAUGCUGGCAUUGUUGUUGACUUGUUUUCUGACGGAAAAGUAUUGCCACAGUUGCAAGAGGUCACAACUUGGUUAGAAUUGAAAGAUAAAUUGAUGCCCAAUGGUCGUAUCAUGGUGAACUGUGGUGGCAUUGAUGAAGCAUCUCUUGUGAUGGAUGAAACACUUAAUACUGAGACUUCUUCAAUUGAUGGAACCUGGGUGCAAAAUUCUACCGUGAAGGCACUAUCAAAAGCAUUUCCUGGACAAUUAAGCUGGAAGAGAAUGCCAAAAAGCUGUGGUGAAAAUUAUCUAGCAUUGACAGGAGCUUUGCCAGAUUUGAGUUCAUGGUCUGCUGCAGUGCCAGGUCCUCUGAGUGUGAGUGUAAAGCAAUGGAAGGCUUGACCCUAGAAAAAAAGGUUGGCUGCCCAGAAAAACAUUGAUUUGUAUUUGUUAGUGCAUCUCCAGCAAUGUUAUUGAUUUUAGCUAACUAAAAGGCACUCAUUUUUAUUUUAUCUAUUACUUUUUCAAUACAAACCCCACAAGG